CACACGAGUGUCGAGGUCCCGCCCCUGGGCCCACACACAUCCACCGUCCGAACGCCCAUUUCAGUCCAAGUGCCUAGCCUGGCUUGCCGCUGGGUGGCCAUCGUGGGCUUUGAGAACGCCUCCUUCGUCUGAACAUCGUAGCCUGCGGCUCGGGCCUUGGGCUGGGGAGAAAGCAAAGAAUAAGAAGGAAAAAAAGGGUUUCAAAACGCAAGAUCUCGCCCCAGCUGUGGCUGUUCUCCCACCGCAACAACGCACCUCAUCCGCCUAGACGCCUUGCCUUCCCCCCGAUCCUCCUCGCACCGCCCGCCCGCCCGCCCACCCGACGAUGAGCAGUAGCAGCAACCUGCAGCUUUAGGCUCGACACCCGCCGCCAGCCCGUUGCUCGACCAGGAGCCAGCCGACUGGUGCUCUGCGCGGUGCGCAACCCCAAAGACCGAACCGCUCCGCGCCGUUGUGGCUGCAGCCCGCGAUUGAGGCUCUGGCUCGUCCCCCUGGGCGUUGGCCACGGAAAGAAAUCCGACACCAGAAAGACGGCUGUACGCAUUCGUUACUUGAUACGGCACGCCCGUCCGUACUACAACACAUGGUGCGAUACCCAGACGUCGGGAUUAGGAGGUCGUUCCAGCUUGAACACCGGGCCGAGGGUCCUGUUGGGGGGGUGUCAGCUGUCCAGCGCUCGACACCCACGACAACCACAUGCUCGAUCAAGGCUCGCGCGCUGUUCCAUCAGGUCUCAUGACCAUGCAGGUCAGCUUCAACGGCCGCCGCGACGCUGCUGGCCCUGAUGGCCGCGGCGCCGCGUCGCCGACCCUCACCAAUCCAGACAUGAUUCUCCCCGAUUACGACGACUCCGAGUCGCUCGACGACGACGACGACGACGACGACGACGACGAUCCGCUGUCGCCCCCUGCCCUGUGGCAACACGAUGCGCAAAGCCCCUGCAACGACUUUGGCUCCUUUUCCCGGGUCGGCUUCGGCUCCGUGCCCCUCGGCCCCACGACCCCGAUCAUUUACGGUAACGGCACCAUGCUGUCCGACAUUGGUGAGGUGACCGAGGUCGAGAGCACCGUCGGCACGCAGUCGCGGCAGGCCAUGUCUCGCCUGUCCGGCUUGGGUGGUGACGACACGCCGCUCGGUUCUUCACCAACCAUGGGCAACAAGGUGUUCAAGAAGCGCUCCACUCAACACGCCGCCCGGGAGCGCAGGUUCUCUUCCGACUCGAACAGUACCAUAAACGACCAUGAGCGCGCCGCGGCCGCCUUUGACGACUUUGACGACUCCGUCAGUGUCGACGACAGCAACUUCCAGGGCGACGACGAGGAGAGCAUGGCCUCUUCGUACGUCGACGACUCGACCGCUCUCUCGCCCCGCCUCGCCGCCCGUUCGGCUCAGGGUCUCAGCCUCAACGAGGACCGCUUCUCCACGAGCUCCAUCAGCAAGCGAGCUGAGCAGAUCCUGGCAAACGCCAAGCGCCGGCUCACGACCAUGGAAGGAAACCUGAACAGGGCCAGGACCUUCAGCUACUCCUCUGUAUCCGACGGCUCGACGCCGUCCCCGGUCGGCCGGCCCGCGACGUCGCUCCGGGAGCACGUGCCGCUCUCGUCCAGCCAUGCCAGAAAUGCGAGCGAGACGGGCUUCCUCCAGGCCACGGCCCGACCCACGGUGCAGCUGCAGCGUUCCGCUAGUGCCCUCGGCGCCGCCGGUGGCUACCGCCAGCCCGUCCAGUCGAGAAGCGCCGAGCCCUUGGGCGGCAGGUAUUCCCACUCCUCCGCCAAGCUCUCGCAUCAUCCCCUGGACACGACGCUUGCACCGCUCAGCGAAGACGGCGAUGACGCCGUCGAGGUUGAGAGGACGCCCCCGAGCUAUCAGCACAACAGCAUCGCGAGCCCGACCUUUGGCGUGUACCCUGAGGUUGCCCUCACCCGCUCCGCAUCCGUCGCCCAGGUUCGGGAUCUUCAGGAUCAGAUGCAGGGAUUGAAAGGCAAAAUAUCGACCCUCAAGGAGCAAGCUCGCGCAGAUAGUAUGAAGCGCCGCAGCUUGCAGAGCCUGCGAACCCCCAGCCCCUUUACGCACGCCACGUGGAGUCAAAGUUAUUCGGAGCGCCAGGAGGUCAGCUCACCAGUCCAGGGGAGUCCGGGACCAGUGACUCCUUGGAACGGCGUUGUGCCAGGGUCCGAGGCCAACGAUGAUGGCAAACCCGUGGAGAGGGGCAUCGAGGUCGUCCCGGAGGAGGAUGAGCAGUCCACAGUCGAUGGCUACCACGAGGCUCGUGAGGCACAGGAUGACGAGGAGCCCCACGUGACUGGAAUUGAGGCUGAGCAGGACGCCGGUACGCAUUAUGAGGGCUUCGAUGGCGCAUACCACUCUCCGGGCGUUGACGGCGAAGUACUUGCGGAAGACGCAGCCACCCAAGGGGUGGAAGACGGCGCAAACAUCGAAGGGGUAGAAGACAACGCCGACAGCAGCCGCGAUGAUGUAAGCGAAAGCGGCGAGUCGCUCUACCACGACACGGUGCAGCAUGCCAUCUCACACGAAGACCGUGAAGACGCCUUUGACUACGAACAUUUCUUCCUACACUCCGCCAUGGGUACCAUCAGCAGGCAAGAGGCCACACGAGACUACGACUACGAGAGCGAAGGGUCGGACGACUCGGCGCAAACAACUCGAGGGCCGACAACGGGCGUUGCGCGGCGUGCAAGCCUAGAUACGUUUGUGACGGUCGACUCUUUCGCCACGGCCGCCGAGGGUCGUGAGAGUCGGAAUUCGGCCACGACAGCAGGAGACACAAGGGUGGAAGACGGAUUCGUCACGCCAACCGAGCACUUGGAGGAUGCUACGACGGCGCGUCGCGCAACGCUUGAGGGCACGUCCGGUAGCGGCAGCGGCGGCAGCAGCGGCGACGAAGCGUCACGCUAUCGGGACGACAGGCCACGCGCCAAUUCGGUGCUGCAUCGGCCAGCCAGUCUCACUUUCAAAGCGGCGCUGCACAGGCCGUCGGUGUCAUCGUUCGAGUCCACGGGGACGAACCGAAGCUUUCCGCUCGUGAACAGGACGAGGCUGAGCGGCGGCAUACUUACGCCUGGCGCGUCGCCCGAGUAUGACCUGAAGCAGGUGGCGGAGUCACUCAUGUCGGAGACGACAAGCGUGUAUGAUCGAGAGGGCACCAACGGAGGAGGGCCCAACUCGCCGGCCAUCCAGAUGCUGUCGAGGGAGGACCAGCUCUUGGUGGAGCAUGUCGUGGCCAGCUUGGGCAAAUGCGUCCUUGGACUCACAGAGUCAUCGCGGAUGAACCCUAGUGGGCUGGAGAAGUUUCGGCACCGCAUAGAGGCUGCCAAGCGGGUACUCGAGGGCGGCGAGUGAUGACGGCGCCGAGGCGUUUGCAUUUCCUGCCCUUUUUUCACUUCACUGUCCCAGUCAGGUGUGAUGACGAUGAUGAGGAGUUGGGCUACCACACGUACAGUCGGUUCGGAGAGUGCUCUGAGGCACAGCAGCCGGAUGGACGGGGCUCGGUCGGUGGUGGCGUCAUUCUUCUAUUGCCCAGGAACCCCUUUCCCCGAUGACUUUUGAUACCCUUCUUUGUACACCCUUUUUUUUCGUCUGUGAAUAUUCUUCGGAAUACAUACGGGCUCCCAUCUGUCUAGAAGUUUCUCCUCGCGGCCUCACGCAGCGCGGACGAGAAAGGUCUCGCGAGCACAGGCGAGUUGGGAGGCAGGGAUGUUGGGACACGCGAGCAGUGGGCGGCGGCCACAACAAGAUGUACCUACUUACAAGUACCGCGAGGAUAUAGGAGCAGGCAGAGACAUGUGCUGCGAGGACGGGAGCUGGCGGUGUGUCUGCCAAGCCAUCAUCCAUGUAGAUGUUGCGUCACGCGGCUCAUUUACAUGAUACCGACGUUCACCUCGCUGCAGGGGCGCGCGCGGUCGAUGGACGACAGGCCGACAGGGCGGCCCAUGGCAGGCACAUGACAAUGACAAGACAAGACAUU